UAUUUUAUAAUUGCAGCUAAUAUGUGUUCACUAUAAAAUCCGGACUGUGGGUGUCCCGUGAACGCAGCGCAUGUGCAGUUCAUGGACCUCCCAGAGCGGACCGGACACGUCAGCAUCGCUUGUUACACUGAGCCGUGGCUGAUAGACGGUUUGUGCAGUCAGUAUGGAAGCUUGAUAGCCGGCGCCAGCGCCUGAACUUUGCCUCACUGGCCCGCAUUCGAUAAACCUUCCCCGGUGUCACCUCGGGGGAAACUUUUCUUCAGGCGUGUCUUCCGCCUUGCUGUCGAGGUGGAGUUUGGGUGUUUACAAGUUGUACCAAGUCAAAUCAAGAUUAACGGCGGCUUGUGCGUCCGUUGAGCAAUGCUGGCUGCAUUGAGCUGAGAGGACAUCUGUUGUAAAGCUUCUGUUGUUUAGGUGUAAACAGGACGGUACCAUGACAGGGGACACGGUGGUCUGGAGGGGCCUGAUCUGGGUGAAGCAGGCAACCUGCAGAGCUUCACCAGGCAGCCUGCCUGGCAACAGGAACCAGAGGCUGGUAGCCUUCCAUCACACCACCGGAUCACAAACGGAAACGUUCACCAAACAACAAGAAGUUUGCACCCACAGAGCCACAGCAGUGCAUUUUCGUAGAUACUCGACUGUGGGAGUUUGUAUUAGCAGCUGUUUCACUAGAAGUGUGAAUGGAGGUCAGGGGCCCUGCAGUGGAAGAUCCAGCUCAAAGCGGCUAAAGUACCGCAGGGACUGGUCAAGUCAUCUGUUCUCUGGACAUACGAGAUUAUUUAACCAGGACAACUACACAAUGGGGCGGCUGAUAUCGGAGGACGUCGAUAAAGCAAGAACCAACAAGAAAGCAGACAUUAAGCAACAUAAGCAAGUGCUCAGUGAAAAAGCCAGAGAGAGGAAGGUGCCCGUCACACGGUUAGGAAGGCUGAUGAGUUUUGGAGGUCUGGCCAUUGGACUCAGCUUUGGGGCAAUCGCUGAAGUGGCCAAAAAGAAGUUUAAACCUCAACCACCAGGUCAUAAGAAAGCCAUACUGGAUUCAAGUGCCUUCCUUUCUGAAGCCAACGCUGAAAGAAUUGUUCGGACUCUGUGCAAAGUUCGAGGUGCUGCUCUAAAGCUUGGACAGACACUCAGUAUUCAAGAUGACGCCUUUAUCAACCCUCAGUUGGCCAAAAUCUUCGAGCGUGUUCGACAGAGUGCAGACUUCAUGCCCACCAAACAGAUGAUGAAAGCCAUCAGCAGCGACCUCGGCCCAAACUGGAGGGACAAACUGGAAUACUUUGAGGAGAAGCCAUUUGCAGCUGCAUCUAUCGGUCAGGUGCAUUUAGCCAGGCUGAAGGAUGGCAGAGAAGUGGCCAUGAAGAUUCAGUACCCUGGAGUUGCCAAGAGUAUCGACAGUGAUGUGAAUAAUAUCAUAACUGCUCUGAGUUUGAGCAACACACUUCCUGAUGGUCUGUUUCCUGAGCACCUUAUUGAGGUCAUGAGUCGGGAGUUGGCGCUGGAGUGUGAUUACAUAAGGGAGGCGCAAUGUGCAAGAAAAUUUCAAGAGCUGCUGAAGGAUCAUCCUUUCUUCUUGGUGCCUGAUGUCAUUGAGGAGCUGAGCAGCCCCCAUGUCCUCACCACAACACUGGUGCCCGGUUUCCCUCUAGACCACGCCACAGAUUUCUCUCAGGAACUCAGAAAUGAGAUUUGUGAGCAGAUAUUGAUUUUAUGCCUACGGGAGCUUUUUGAGUUCAGGUACAUGCAAACUGAUCCAAACUGGUCCAACUUCUUCUUUGACCCGCAAACACACAAGAUUGCACUGUUGGAUUUUGGAGCUACUCGGGGAUUUGAUAAAAGCUUCACUGAUGCAUACAUUGAGAUUAUUAAGGCAGCUGCAGAUCAGGACAGAGGAAAGGUCCUGCAGAGAUCCAGAGACAUGAAGUUCCUCACAGGAUACGAGUCAAAGGCAAUGGAGAAUGCCCACGUGGAUGCAGUGAUGAUCCUCGGGGAGGCCUUUUCCUCUGAGGAGCCUUUUGACUUUGGAAGUCAGAGCACCACCAAGCGGAUCCACUGCCUCAUCCCCUUGAUGCUGAGGGAGCGACUGACACCGCCACCUGAGGAAACCUACUCCCUCCACAGGAAAAUGGGCGGUUCCUUCCUCAUCUGCUCCAAACUCAAGGCUAAAAUCCCCUGCAAGAACAUGUUCCAGGAGGCCUACAACAACUACUGGAAAGAUGGAUGCCCCGGGGCAACAGACUAGCUGAGGGACUGGCACCAGGGGCUCCUAGCGUUGGCUGUGGUAUGUUGAACAAUUUAACUUGCACAUUCUCACCUGUGAAGAUAUAAUAGGGAAACCUGGACCAAAUGAUGUCCAGAUAUUACUUACUUUUUUUACAAGUAAACUGAUGAGUACAUAAACCGUAAAAAUUGUCUGCUCCUUAAAACCUUUAAUACGUGUGCUUGAUAUUCCAUUUCUCGUCUUGACUUGACUUCUAUCCAGACUAACUCUACACCAAAGGUAUAACAGUCAUUUCUAUGUGUUGUUUGAAUGAACUUGUGUGUACUGUAAAGCCUGAUAACUGUGUCUGUAUGGUAUGAGGAACCGUUUUCCAUCUGACCAGGACUGUCAGUUGAAAUACUGAUGUUGCAGAAACAAAUCAGCGCAGAUUGUUAUUUUUAAAGCUAUGACAACUGACUGAAAUAUUUAAACGUGAAUCAAAUGAAGGUGAAAAUGUUUUGUUCUUGGGAAAAACGUGAAAAGGCUUACGACUAAGCUGUAUAAUAGGUCUAGUCGUAUGUAAAUUAAACAGCUGUUUCACUGGCUGUGUUUAUACAGAAUGACCAUGAAAAAGGAGGUCCUAAUCAUUAGUAUGGUGUCAAGAAUAUAAGGGGGAUAAAAUCUGACAUUUUGCUUAAUUAAUUACCUAAUUAAUAAACUAAACUCAAACAUGAUCAUUGCAAUUGAAUAAAUAUUUUAUCACAGUUGUAUGUUCGAGAUUCUGAACAUACAGAAAUGAUUAGUUGCUACCAAAACAGGAAUCAGAAGUAUGGAAGUAAAUCCCCACCAGAAGGUUUGAAGGUGCGCUGGCAUCGAUUUGUAAACACAGGAUCAGAUGUGAGAGCAUAAUCUGGCCAUGCAUGCACUUGUUUGAGUCUACUCUGAUAUUUUUUUUUUCCCCUGUGUGAGAGUCUGUCAGCACAAAAAGUUUUGAAAGCGCACAAAACAGCUCGAGAGCGAGCAUGCACAGAUUGGUAAGAGUAGAAUUGCAUUUGAGUAGAUCCCUGCUAUUUGCUGAAAUCAUGUGUUACGCUCACAAUUCUGACCCCGCUCACGCUCAGAUCAGAUUCUGCUCUUACACAUAUGUGCCUGUGUGCUCUUAAAAUCUGAUUUGCAAAGCAAAUGGCACUCAAAACUUGUUUUGUGCGCUUUCAGAACAUUUGUAACCUUGUGAAGAAAUCUGAGGACUCAAACUAGUGCACGUGUGGCCGAAUUACGCUCUCAAAUCUGCGCCUGCACGUUCUCAAAAUUGCCAGCUGAGUAGCACUCGAAAUGAGGUUUGUUUGCCCUCAAAUGUUUUGGUGGGGAUCUACUUCCAUACAGAAGUUUUGUACAAGUAGAAUUUACAACUGCAAAUAAAUUGCAGAGUGGUAUUAAUCUGUACUCAGAACAGUCUGGCAUUAAAACCUUUUUCUUAAAUUGGAUGGAAACGGUGCCACAACUCCCUGUAAUGUAAAAAUGUCCGGUUGUACCGCAAGCGGCUCUGAAGGAUGAGGCAGAACAAUCGGUGCUUGAGGAACCUCCUGCCUCAUUGAGCCUUCUCAGUCCUUUGACGCUCCACUUGGAUUGUGAUGCUGGAGAAACCAAACUCCAAGCACAGCAGCUCUGUGGCCUUACUGAGUACGAUCUGCAUAUCGGCGUCUUCCUCUGAAGACACAAGUAGACAUUUCUUUAGGUAAUGGUUUGCAGUAAUCUUGAACAUACAAUAUAGUAUCGUCCACCUGUCCCUCCCCCUUCAUGUUCAACACUUAUUCUUAACUGGAGCUGUGCUGUAUGUUUUCUUGAUAUAAAUAAGCAGGUCUCAUUUUGGGUUUCUUCAGUUUAUCCUCAACACUAGUAACAGUUUGACCUUCACUGCAGAAGCCAGUCAGUGUAAUAAAACCCAAACUUCCAUGCAGUAAAUUUUGUAUUUUCACAGUUUAGCAUCCAUUUUGGUCUUCAGCACAACUCUGAUCUCAGCUUCUAUUUACUCGGAUUCGCUACUUUAUAUUCAGGCUGUGAGGAACACGUACAACAUAUAUGAUUACAAGCUGUUACUAAAGACUGAGUAUAAUGAAUACUUUUACUUUUGGUACUUACUCUACCUACUGUACUUUUGCCUAAAUAAAAUUUUGA